AUGAAUGCCUUACAAAGAUUACCAGUUAUUUGCUCUUUCUUAGUGUUUCUUGUCUUAUCCAAUGUUUUAUGUUUCAGAGGCAACCACGGAUACAAUUCUUCAUCAUCUCUCUAUAAUGGAAGCCAAUUUAUUGAACAAUUAAAUAACAGUUUUACUUCAGCUUUUCUUGAAUCACAAUCAAUGAAUAAAAUUGGUGAUGAAUUAGCUGAGACCAUAUCAAAUGAACUUGUUAGUGUUUUACAAAGAAAUGCACCAACCUUUUUAGAAUCAAGUUUUGAUAUCAAAUCAGAAGUAAAAAAACACGCAAAACAAAUGUUAAAGGAAUUAAUCAAAGUAGGAUUGCCAUCAGUCGAAAAACUAGUAGCUGAAAAUAUUAAACCACCAAAGGUUGACCCAGGAACAUAUGGUAUAGUAGCACCAGUAUUAACAUCCUUAUUUAAUAAGGUAGAAACAGCUGUAGGUACAAAUGUUUCUGAUGAUAUAUGGAAUUACAAUUCACCAGACGUCUCAGAAAGUGAAGAAAGUUUAUCAGAUGAUUUCUUCGAUUAA